AUGGGGAAAAAGACGCUGAAAUCACUCUCGUCGUUGCCACUCGCGAUAGGAGAAUUGCUCGUCAUCGCGGGAUUCUCUGCGCUCGGGACGGUGAUUGAACAGAACAAGUCGUUUGCGUGGUACGUCGAAAACUAUCCCACGGAGAAUAAGAGCCUUGGUUUCAUAGACUUUCCUUUGAUUCUCGACCUUGGAUUGGAUCACAUUUACACGACGUGGUACUUUUUAGGAUUAUUAGGCCUCUUAGGGGCGUCGUUGACGGCGUGCACGGUGACGAGGCAGUGGCCCGUUUGGAAAGUUUCAGCCAAAUGGAAAUUUUUGGAUAGACGCGCGACUUUGCUCGCCAUGGAAGAGGCAGAAUCUGUUCCUCGAGCCAGACUGAGCGAUUUCAGCGAUUUAUUAGCCGAUCGCGGGUAUCAAGUCUUCAUCAAAGGGAAGAAAAUGUAUGCGUUCAAGGGAUUGAUAGGGCGACUAGCGCCCAUCGGCGUGCACGCGGCGUUGUUGUUCACCCUCGGCGGAGCGGCGUACAGCGGUCUUGGAGGACUGAGUGGAUCGGUGAUGGUCCCAGAUGGAUCUUCAUUUGAAAUCGCCUCCGGUUUGACACGCGGUUCGCUGCUGUCAUCCAUGCCUGGCAUCGCGAAAUCGAGCGUUCAGGUGAACGAUUUCACGAUUGACUACCUUCCGAACGGGCAGGUGUCGCAAUUUUAUUCCGAUCUGAGCGUGGUCGAUCCCAACGGUAAAGAAAUGUCUAGAAAGACGAUAUCAGUGAAUGUUCCAUUGAGAGCGGGCGGGGUGACGAUGUAUCAAACGGAUUGGGCGCUUUCAUCCAUGCAAGUCACUGUCGCAAAGCCCGGCGCAGAUGGCGAGACAGAAACUGAAAACACAUACGUCCUUCCUAUGGCGUCUUUAGAAGGCAAAGGAGGGUUUCAGGGCCGAAUAUGGGGCACGUUUUUACCAUUAAGUUUCGACGAUGACCAGCGGCGAGGCAUUUCUCUCGUCGCUCGGGAUUUCCAAAGCGUGGCGAUUUACGACAGCAAGGGCGCGUUUGCGGGCGUCCGCCGUCCUGAAAGCAAGAAACCGAUCGUCGUCGAUGGAAUCAAGCUCAUGCUCGGUGACGUGAAGGGAAGUACGGGCUUGGAGUUGAAAACUGAUCCAGGGGUUCCACUCGUAUACGCUGGGUUCGCCGGGCUGAUGGUGACGUCGUUCCUCAGCUUGCUCUCGCAUUCGCAAAUAUGGGCCAUUCAGGAGGAAACCGCCAUCGUCGUCGGCGGUAAAACGAACAGAGCCAAGGAAGAGUUUAGAACCGAGCUCGAUGAAGUCCUAAACUCAGUACCUGAGUAUGUCGAUUAA